CGGGGACACCUGCCACAGUGGGAAGCGUUUAUCACAGUCGCGUUUUUCAAGACUCUGUUCCACCACACCAUCCAAUGCUAUAGUGUAUAGGAAUGGCGUGGUUGCCGUUUGGUGUUUGGUUUUCGUGAACGGAAAGUGUGCAAAGGCUGUGACAAGUUCCAUUCGCAUUGUGGCUUUAACGUUUUUCCUCUUCCCAUCAACCAUGGGAAGAAGCUUGGCGCCCUCAGCGUCUUCCACGUGGCGCUUCGACUUGUUUGUGGAUUGGCGCUGGUGGUAGAUUACAACAGAUAAUUUCACCAUAUUGUAUGCUUGGAAUACUUUUUUGUGAUAAGCCGCAGUCGAUCGUUCUGCUGUGCAAGCCCACACUCUGUCCCUUGUGCAUGUCCAGAAUGACGUAGCCUGGGUUUGCGACGAGGGAAGUUCAGCGAUGCGACCAGUUUCCUUUCUACCUUCUUGCGUUCCUUGCGAGACGUCCCGUAGUGCAUGAUUUUUCCCUUCGGUCUCGUGAAUUUUAAGCAAGAGAGGAGGCUCGCAGAAAUUUUUGUGUGGUGGGUGAAAACCGAUGCUGAUAGGGGUGGCCAAGAACAGACGCUUGCAUUAGAGAACGACUUCCCGUGGUAGAUAUCUGCCCUUACGAGAGGGCUUGGUCACGUUAAGACAAGCAGCGUAUUCCAGUCACUCUUCUACGCUCAUGCAACAGUUCUGUUGAAUGAGGGGAGAUCCAAAUCUUUUUCGGAGCCAGAAGCACGUGGUAUGUGUGAGGGAAGACCAAUCCGAGUUGUGGAAACCGGAGGUGACGCAGUUAUAGAGCAGUUUUCCUUAGGCAGACCGCCUAUCUGCUUCGAAGGUGUUCAGAAUUGAAUUUCACUACGUGCAUUCAUUCCUGGUGGAAGGUUCGAAGUUUGCACGGGUUAGACAUCGCAUCAAAAUGCGCGAAGAGAUUUGCGAACGUGUGCCAGACAGAAGCGACCAUACUAAGGACACCAUGGCGGAGGCAAGCGAGGCGCUGCGAUUUGUUGGAGGGGCUGCCUGUGUUUUUCGGGAUGUGUCCCGUUUAAUUGAGGAUGACCUUAAGAAGGUCGAAGACGCCAGCCGACUAUGGGAGUGCGCAGUAAGGAAGAUGAAGACCAUGUUGGACCAGAACGCGCAGAUUGUAAAGAACAAUGACGAAGCAAUAUGCCAGGCAGAGGUCAUCUUGAUUUUGAACGAGGUGGUCAUGCAAGAACACUGGGCUGAGUUGUCGAAAAACGCAAAUGAAAUUCAGCUGUUGGAAAACAUUUUGGAGGUGAUGGAAAAGGUGCCGUCUCAGCCGCCCCUUGCUGAGUCAAGCCAAGGAGGCGACUGACUGAAAAGGUACCAUAUGGACAGCAGAACUGGAAUCGUGUCUAUGUUGCUGGCGACGGAGAAUGCCGAUGAAAGAGGACCAAAACACGUCAAUACUGUGAUAUCGCAGAGAACUGCUAAUAAAGGGUACUGUGUCAUAAAUGCGUCUCUCCGCGUUUUUUCAGUGGCAUGAUUCUACGUGUAGCAGAGAAGAUGCGAAUAGUACCUUUUCUCAGGGACAUCUUCUGGGCUUCUACGGCACUCUCCUGAAAACCGGUGUGUCGUAGAGUGCGCGUCCUCCCGUAGUAUCCACAACUUCCGACAAAAUCAGGUUCGGUGGCAUUGCUCAGUCAGUGUCUUUUAGGAUUUCAGCGGCCUUGUUUCCGAGACUUAAGUUGUUUCCUCGGCAGGUGUGUUUUUCCAGAAGCUGAUACGGAUAGAGGACCACGGGUGUGGUGCUCUAUGCGCAGUUGUUGGAAAGGAUCGUUUCAAUUGACGUAUAUGGCGCGGUAAGGUUGUGUCGAGCAUGGAUCCCACGGUGUGUUACGUACAACCGAGGCCGCAAGUAUAAUGUUCAUGGUUGACGUUCUGUCGAAGUUUAUGUUUCGUGUGUCUUGACGCGUGGUCGAACACGAGUUGUGAAGCGACUGACAAGAGGUGCCCAGGAGAUGCAGUGAUACGACGGAGGCGACGUUAUCUUCAUAGGCCAAGAGCGUGACGACUCUUGAAGAGGUGGCGGGAAUCAAUGGUAAUACGGUUUUUUCGGCAAUGGCAUAAUGAGUCGUGCCCGACGUAGGAUCCAAGGCAGAUUGCUGGGAGGCUCUGGCCUAAAAACUGAAUUGUGAAAUGUCAGAAUCCGUGUUGGGUUGCAGUCGAGAUCCCACUAACCAAGUUAGUCUUUGACACUACAGCGGUGUCAAGGGAAUUGACUGGCCAGCGACCAUCCACAGGUGCGUGUGGAAGGUGUUCUUUUCCGCCGUCGUGAUUAUAUGUUGUUCAUAAUUUGAGCGGUUUUUUCUGCUGCGUGCCACCGAACUGAGAGUGCCAUGUUAACGACUUGAUAACUUCUGGAGGGGAAAGCGUUCGUGAGGGUGCUUUGUAUUCACGAAGCGAAUUCUUCGACCGAGGCGGAAACGAACGUUUAAAGGUGCAUUUUCACCACAGCUCCAGUGUCUACUCUGACAAGCUGUACUGACCGUCGAGGACGUGAAUUCAUGGGAUGGUGUCGUCGAUGACCGAUACUCAGGUAGUGCGUAUGCCGUAAUUUUCUGUUUUGGGUCGAUGAAAGGAAGUUCUUGUGGGUUUCUGUAUAACAGCUGUACAGAUACUGUAUCGGCGGCGCAGUCAGCUAGUGAUGACAUGGAUUGAGACAAACUGGCGCGUAUGGGAUGGGAUUCGUUGUUGGAACAAGGGAUUACAAUACUACUUGCUUUGACAUUGUGGUUGCAGUGUGGUGGAUUUCCGACGGCGUAUAUUUCCCAGUCUCGUGUUAGCGUUGUUAUUAGGGGCAAGGAUGGCUAUCUUGCUUUCCAUCUGCAGAGCUGGGCUACACUGUUUGGAAUGCACAGUGUGCUGUUUUAGAGCAUUCUCGUAACACCGUUUUUAUGCGACUGAACGACUGGUGGUACGAUCAGUUCGUGUGCCUCGCGCUUGUGUGUGGCAGUUGCGUGUUGCCUUUGAGCCUUUUCUUACUUCCACACAUGAUGUGGCCAGAGCUUCACGUGGAUUCCCAGUGUUAUCAAUUGGAUGACCAUGAUGGCUCUCUGUUUUGAAGACACGUUGAAUUGGUAAGAAGACGCAAUGCGGACUCCCUUGGGGAAACAUCGCAGUUGUGUAACUUGGAUGCGCGAUCUGAGGUACUGCAUAAUUUGCGGUUUUCCUGAGAGCUGAAUUUCAGUGGUUUCUCGACGACGGAAACUUCCGUUUGUGGAAGAAUCGGGGGUGACCGCCGUUCGCAGUCUGCGUGUUUUUGAUGUGACACAAGAUGACUCAAGCCUACCGAGAGGCCUACAUAUUGUUUGCCCUUUCCGGGUGUCGGGGAAUUGUUCCGCUAGGGGGAAGAGAAAUGUGCUUAUUCAAAAAAGUGUGAAGCCUCACGAGUACUAUGGGAGUCGGGAGUCUCUUGGCAAAAGACCGUUUUCAUGCCGACCGGGGAAAGGCGUAGGCGUCCAUAAUCAGGCACGGGUUUAACCGUUGAGCAACGGGGUGAUGGGUGACAUGUGAGGUUUCGUGCAAGUAUGAAUGCGACGGAGAAAACGUGUGCCGCUUGGGGCAAGUGCAUGUCCCUGUGCGAAUUUGCAUUGUAUGUGGGAAGGAGAAACUGUACUCUAUACAGUGUCGCGCAUUGCCGAAUACUCGAUCGAGCUGACGAUGGAAGCCUUUGUUGUGACCUGAAGCCUGCCUGGAGAGCAGCUUCGUGCGCCGGAAAGCGUUUUGAUGUAUAUCUCCAUCGAGUGCCCGUCGAAGGUGAACAUUUCCGUUUGAUCCGCCGGAGGUAUACCAUUAUUCGUGGAAACGUGCCAGGGAAGCCAGGUCAAGUUUGUUCAGGUGCGUUUGAGUUGUGAUAACUUCUAUGUUAAGAAGCGUUCGGGGACGGAGCGCGACGAUGACGACGAAGCGCAGGUGUGUGGCACUCUACCUACGUUGUGGAACAUACCUGGAGUACCACCUCAGUUAACUCCGCGUGUCCCUCCAGAGGCAUCAUCUGGGAGUGAGCUCGGGGAAACUCGAGAGAAAUGGGGUCAGGUCACUACACUGGGGGGGGGGCGCUUUUGAGAACAACAUGUUGUACGUUCUUUUUCCUACGCCUCUAACGAUCUGCCACACCUCAAGUUUGAAACAAUCGCCGAAAAGGCGUGAAGCGUCGAUAUACCCUUG